CUGCCGCCUCCACCAAAGAUACGCGACUCGAAAAUUGUUAAAAUUUCGAACACUCUUCAUAUCCAAAAUAUAAACAUAUCACGAAAAAUUCCUAACAUAUCGGAGUAACAUAUAUUUUCGGUGAAAGACCCAAAAAGAAAUUUUUGAUUUUUUUUUUUGGACAGCAACAUGUUAUGUGGUUGAGUGCGCAUGCGCCCAAAAGUAUUCUCUAUGCUACGUGGGUGGCCCCAGCGAUAAAGGACAAAAGUCUCCGAUAAAGGACAUACAUAUUUACAUAUCCAGACGUUUCAGUGCUCGUAUUAUUCAACCAAUUUUGCGGCGCAGUGCCCUAAAGUGCAGUGUGUGUGAAAAAGUGCAAGAAAAUCGAAAAGAAAGGAAACGAAAAGCUUCCACAUAUCAGUGAGGACAACAUAUCCCUACAUAUCCAAAACCCAACCGCAGUUUACAUAAUCCCUUGAAGAUGUCAACAGCCUCAUCGAGCAACUCCAGUGCUGGGGCAGAGGAGGCCCCAAGGAAGCCUGGCAGCAGCAACGAGGAGAGCUCCCACCUGCUGGAGGCCGCCGAGAACGGUGCCAAAUAUGGCUCACGCCAAGCGGUAAAAAUCAUCAAGGCCAAUGACAAUGGCUCCACCACACCCCAUGAUCAGGAGAAUCUACUCGGCAACAUGGUGCACGCCUCCACCGAGAACAAGUCCAGGAAGCUGCCACAGUAUGUGGCCGCUUUGGCAGCAGCUGGCGGUGCCUUUGCCGCCGGUACCGUACUGGGCUGGACAUCGCCCGCCCAACCGGAAAUCGUGGUCAAUGGCGAGGGCUAUGACUUCCCCGUCAGCGCCACCCAAUUCUCGUGGGUGGGCUCCAGCAUGAAUCUGGGCGCUGCCUUUGUGUGCAUACCGAUUGGCUUCCUCAUCAGUAUGAUUGGACGCAAGCUGACAAUGCUGUUGUUGGUCCUGCCAUUCCUGGUCGGCUGGGCCAUGCUCAUUUGGGCCCCAUCUGUGGGCUUCCUGUAUGCCUCACGCUUCAUUCUGGGUCUGGCCGGCGGUGCCUUCUGUGUGACAGCUCCGAUGUAUACGGGCGAGAUUGCCCAAAAGGAUAUACGCGGCACGCUUGGCAGCUUCUUUCAGCUGAUGAUCACCAUUGGCAUACUGUUCGUCUAUGCCGUGGGCGCCGGUGUCAAUGUCUUCUGGCUGAGCGUCAUUUGUGGCAUAAUACCCAUCGUUUUUGGCGUCAUAUUCUUCUUCAUGCCGGAAUCACCCACAUAUUUGGUGGCAAAAGGUCGUUCGGAAAGCGCCGUCAAGUCCAUUCAGUGGCUGCGUGGCAAGGAAUACGACUACGCACCAGAGUUGGAGGAGCUGCAUGAGACCGAUAGGGAGAUACGCGAGAAUAAGGUGAACGUUUUGGCAGCCCUCAAUCGACCGGUGACCCGCAAGGCAUUGGCCAUCAGUCUGGGCCUGAUGUUCUUCCAGCAGCUGUGCGGCAUUAAUGCCGUCAUCUUCUACUCUUCAAAGAUCUUUCUGGAUGCCAACACCGGCAUUGGCUCUGAAUGGGCCACAAUCAUGAUUGGCAUUAUGCAGGUGGUGGCCACCUUUGUCUCCACUUUGGUGGUGGACAAGCUGGGACGUCGCAUCCUGCUGCUGGCCUCCGGUUCUGUGAUGGCCCUCUCCACCACCGCCAUUGGCGUGUACUUCUUUCUGCAGGAUCAGGAUGCGAGCAAGGUUGAGACUCUGGGCUGGCUGCCAGUGGCCAGCCUCUGCAUUUUCAUUCUGAUGUUCUCCAUUGGCUACGGCCCGGUGCCAUGGCUGAUGAUGGGCGAGCUGUUUGCCACCGAUAUCAAGGGAUUUGCCGGCUCCAUUGCUGGCACCACCAACUGGCUGCUGGCCUUUGUGGUCACCAAGACAUUCGAUGAUUUGAACAGUGUUCUGGGCAAUGGCGGCACAUUUUGGCUCUUCGCUGGCCUCACCGUGAUCGGGGUCUUCUUUGUCUUCUUUGCCGUGCCCGAGACAAAGGGCAAGAGUCUGAAUGAGAUCCAACAGGAGUUGGCUGGCAACAGGACCACCAUCGCCACCACUCAGGCGAUGAAUGGAGCGGAAAAGUAAAGCGGAUGUCGAACCGCCCCAAAAUCACUGUUAACUUUGCUGUUAUUUUAUGUUUGAUUUAGGUUCGCGUUUUCAAAUUGAUGUUUAGAAUUUUGUUUGUAGAAUUGACUGCAGAUCGAUGGAGGGAAUCAGAGAUACGAGAUAGAGAGUUAGAGAGUUGCAGCCAUAAACUGAAACUAAGAGCGAAGACUGAAGGUCCACUGCAUCAUACAUAUACGAGCUGCCAGAGAGACAGAGAGAGCGGUUAAGUCCUUUUCUUCCUUGGCAGCCACAGAAAAGACAACAGCAAUUUAAGAAAAAAAAAACAAGACAUAUUAUCUAUGUAUAUUAUAUUGUAUGUAUAGUGUGUAUUGUAUGCCUAUUUAGCAUUAUAUUGCAUUCUUUUAAAAAAAAACACACAAAUUUAAUGAAUUUUCCGUACGAUUUUAAGUCAGAAUUCGCCUUUGUUCGGGUUUUAAUCAAAAGUGUUUCUAUUUUACAAUAUAUAUAUACAUGUAUAUGUGUAUGUGUCUACGAGUAUGUACUAUAUAUAUCUACAGCUGUCCAUGUCUGUUACUUCGAGAAGCAUUCAGUCGAUUCUGAUUUACUUAGCAUAUCCUCCCUUUAAGUUGUAAACUAAGCCACGCCUUUUGCCACAUUUAUUUAUUUACGCCCGAUGCGAAAUAUGUUUAUAUAUAUUUUAUUAAAUAAAACCAUAUAAAUAUACAUAUAUACAUUUUUUUAUAAUUUUAAAUACAAUAGCCUGAAUGGUUUCCUUUCCUGAAAGCUGAAAAGCCGCUCGGUCUAUCAUUGUUAAACGUGCAUAUAUAGUAUUUAUGGUUAAACUAACUAACGAUUAAAGUGAGAUAAAUAGUGUAUCUAUAUAUUCAAUAUAUGAUGUUGUAAAUAA